AUUUUUAUUUUUUAUUAUUAAUCCAUCUCGGGGAGACAAUUUUGCCACUUGCAGUUGACUGAACCCGUUGACGGCGACUGGCAAAAUGGCUGCCCCCAGUGAUCAAUAAAAACUGGUGAAUUUUGUUGCUUAACUCAUUCCACAAAUCCAAUAUUAAUCAUUUGGAACUAGAGGGGGCACAUACAAGUUAUUUAAAAAAAAAAAAAAAAAAAAAAAAGAGGUUGACUUUCCUUUAACCCAUGCUCCACAUUGGUAUCGUAUUUUUGGUAUGACUUCAAUUCAGAAGGUUAAAGGUUACGACAGCCAUACGACAUUGCAGAUGACAUGAACCUGUGAAUAAAUGACAGUUAUUUCAAAUAUUUUGGAAAUGAUUUGUUCUCUUAUAGUUUGCAUUGUCAAAUAAAGGUCCAGAAAUCGUAUCUUCAAAAAUCACGUUGCUUCAAAAUUGUAAUUUCUGAAUACCAAUGUUAACUUCUUAACGUCCUAUUCAGCUCAGUACUUACUAAUUUUAGUUUCACAGUAAAAAGACUUUAAUUAUAUAUUUUUUAAAAAGUGCUAGACUGCUAACAUUGACCUGCAGCUAUUGAACUGUUUUUAAAAUCCUUCAAACAAUUUGAAGCGGGCUCUCCCCUCUUGCUUUUAUUAUGAUGUAAGUGGCAUUGUGACCCUCGGUCGCAAAGGGUUGGCCAUCAACACACAUCUGUGAAGUCUGUGUGUGCGCGUAUCAAUCCCUCACUGAGCCUAUUGUCUUGGCUGACAUCACGGCCGGUACAAGGAGGGUAGAGGACAGAAAAGGCCAUUACUUUGACUAGACCCGCGCACAUCAUGGCCAUCAUGAAUAUCCGUAUGUUAGCCGUGCUUCUAUUUGCCGUGUUUCCUUUGGCCUACUCCUCAACUAGGAAAGUGGGUCUCGCCAGCAAAGUCCUGGUCUUCCCUUACGAGACGGAUUUCAGCUACGUGACGCUGAUGCCGCAGAAGGAGAUGGCGCUCAAGGCCUUCACCCUGUGCAUGCGCGUGGCCACCGAGCUGCCCGAAGAGCGGCAGAUCAUCCUGUUCGCCUACCGCACGGCCGACUACGACGAGCUCAACGUGUGGCGCGAGAAGGACGGACGCGUCUCGUUUUACAUGAGCGGAGACGGCGUUUCUUUCGCCCUCCCGCUGCUGGGCACGUUUCGUACCAGCCUCUGCCUGACCUGGGAAUCUGUCGCCGGCCUCGCUGCCUUUUGGGUCGAUGGGAAGCGCAGUACCUACCAAAUAUACAAACCGGGACACAGCAUCCGCCCCGAAGGCACCGUCCUCUUGGGGCAGGACCCCGACAAACAUCUCGGUGGCUUGGAGGCCCUGCAGAGCUUCGUCGGGGAGAUGAAUGACGUGAAUAUGUGGGACUAUGUCCUGUCCGGGAGCAUGAUCCAAGCCUGGCAUUACGGCCACAAAGUCCCCAAAGGCAACGUCUUUGAUUGGGCCACCAUUGAUUAUGAGCUUAAUGGCAAUGUUAUGGUGGUGCAGGAUGACUGACUAACUGUGGAGUCCUGUGGAGAGAAACGGGACAUUGGAGCUCCUCUAAUAUGCGUCCUCGCGUUAAUUACAUUUCGUCUUACUUUACAUUAGCGUUAGUGGGUUUUGAAUGAGUGUCUCCAGACAGCGAGGGGUCGGACGAGCUCUCGUUUGGAUGAUUUUUUUUUUAAAUGCAUGUUACUUUUUGGGUGUAAUGAAACACACUAAACCAAGUUAACGAUCUUGUCUAAAUUUACACUAAAAUGUAAUAAGAUCAAAGUCUAUUUAAAUGUGCAGUGUGUGUUGUGGGUUUAGUUUUACAGUUAAAUAUGAACAUAAUUUAAAAAAAAAAAAAAAUUAAGCUUCAUCUAUGACCUGGUCCAUUUGUGUUAAUCGAAUAAAAAUCCAA